CCGAAGCUAUGCUUUGAACAGCAUGCUAAAGCUACGUGUUCAAUAACUACCAAAACGUGGCAAAAAUGAUCAACUUUGUUAAAACUCGGAGGAAGAACAAGACGAAGAAGAAGAAGAAGAAGAAAUAGAAAAAUGGCAGGAAAUGAAGAGUGGAAAAAAAGAGCAGACACCCACAAAAUGAGUCCUGAAGAAGUGAAAGCCGCCGGAGUAGAAGGAGCAAGACGGCCACCGGGUCAUAACCCCGGCGAGAUUUUGCACCAGAGGCGGCGGUUGCCUUUCAGCACCACCACUAUGACUGUGGGAGGGUUUCUGAUUGUAGCUACUAUUGGAUAUAUGGUGCUUUACUCCAAGAAAAAACCUGAAGCAAGUGCUGGAGAUGUAGCUCGAGUUGCCACCAAUACUGCUGAUCCUAAGGAUACUCAUCCCAGGAAGUAGAAUAUAAUUUCCUUGGCUACAAUUGUGUUUUUUUUUUGUUAUGUUCGUUUGUUCAAUGUGGAAAGACUACAGUUUCAUGCUUUAAUUGCUUAGACUAAUAAUUAUCCCUUCUUUCUAA